CGAUAAAUAAUUUUCCUAAAUUUUUACUUUUGAAACAUGUCAUUUCUGACUCAUAUUUUCAUAUUCGAUACAUCAAAGUUUGACUUUUUCCCGCUUUCGCUUUAUUGUGGAAUCUUUAGAGAGUGAUCUCAAGUCCUUGGUAGGAGUAACUGAAGUUGGUAGUAGAAAACCUAACAAAAGGAUGGGUAGCUGGAUUAUAGAAAUUGCUGCAAAGAAAACAAGACCAGAGGAGAUAAUGGAUAAUGAAGAAGAACUCCCUGAUGAUUUGACUAAUGAUAAACUGCAUCAACAGUCAUUGGAGAGCACUGAUAAUAAUUCUCAGCUUUUACUUAGAGAAAGUUUGAGUAGCUUUCAAAAUCUUCUUGCUUCUGCAUCUGAUACUACCAUAAGAAAUUUUCCGAGAGGGAGUGAGAAACGUGUACUAAAUCCUGAUAUCCUGUGUUUUUCUAUGAAAAAACUUAAACUGAGUGAAUUUGAACCCCUAAAGCUCCCACAGGAUGAUGGAAGCUUUAUUGUUGAUCAACAAUUGAUUUCAAAAGCGGAAUCCUCACUUUUAGAGAAAUCAGAAAACUUAUGUGCAGCUGAAGAUCCUACGAUAUUUGACACUUGUGCAUCAGAUUCCUCAACUGAUUUAAUUUCCCUCGGAAAUGGUCUGCAAUCUGAUCUUGUCACCUUGCCUGAUGAAUCAAAUCAAAUCAAGUCAGCUGGAAACAAAGAUCAGCUCUGUUCAGUAGAAAAUUCAGAUGAAAACUUGAAAGAAAAAAGCAGUUUUAAUGCUAAUGAUGAUUUAUCUGUGUUAUUUGGUCUUGUUGACAAUGAUGAACAUGAAGAACUUUCAUUUGCAGAAAGCAUAUUUUGUUCAAAUCUUCAUGUUGAUGUUUUCUCGGAAGAUGAAGUCAUUUUCAGAGCUUUAAGAAAUGUUUUUAAGAAGAAACUGAAGAAUUUUACCAACCAAACUGAAACCCUGGACAUCCACCAAACGUCUGAUAAAGAUGAGUUUAAAAAUCAUAGCAAACAGUACAGUCAAGACUGCGCAGAAUUGGAUAUAUUUGAGGAUCGAAGCAAAAAUACAUGCUUAAAUUCAAAUUCAACAUCAGAAGCUCAAUGUCAGGAACUGAAGACUACAAAAGAACAUGUGGCAUGCCCACCAAUGAGUUCAACAAAUGGUACAAAAGAAAAGAAAUGCACAAUUAACUUUCCAUCAUCUGUUUCUUUCAAUGAAAAAGUUAAGGAACAACUUCAUGUUGAUAAAAUAACAAAAGCAGUUGAAUGUUCCAAAUCCUGUUCAUCUGGCAAAGAAGGUGGGUCAAAACGAAGUUCUGAUGAUUCUAAAGAGAUGGAAGAAAUACCUUCACUUCUAUCAUUCAUCCAAAAGUCUGGCCCAGAGACUAUGAUCAAAAGAUUAACCAAAAAUAGAAAAAUAAAUCUUUUGGAAGCCAGUCAAUUGCCAUCUUUUAAAAAAAGUGUUUCGAUUGAUUCUCCAACAGAUCAUAUUUUCCCGAUGGAUAUGGAAAACAUAAUGAAGUUGUUCGAAACAGCUCCUGCUGAAUCGAAGAUAUCUGGUAGUGCAAAUAAUUCUACUAAUGGAACUAAGUAACUUGUUGAAAGGGAUCCUCGUGUAUUUAAUGAUGAUAUAAAAAUGGUUAGUUUAGAAUAUGAAUGUCUUUUAGAGAGAACAGCAACACAUCUUUUUCCUUUUGUCUCCUAUUUGAAAAGCUUUCUUUCUGAAGAUUUUUCCUAAAAAAAAUCAAAUUGCAAGUUUUUCCCUUUUUUUACUGUUUUAUUAUAUGAAGUAUAUUUUUUUGGAAUUGUGGAAUUUCUCAAUAGACUACAUCACACUGUUCAUUUCAGUAGUCUGAAACGACACAUUUUUUUACGAUCUUAUUAAGGGGAGAUAUGUGAAAUGAUGAGAGCAUUUACAGAAUACUUUGUCAUUCUUUGACCUUGAUUUUUGCCCUAUUAGAUACUUUUUUGUUCAUUUUUUUUUUUCACGUGUGUUUGAGUAUCAUGUCAUUUUUUACAGUAUUAUUUUAAUUCAUUCUGCGAAUAAUCUGGUUUUAUUUUAUUAUUACAUGCAAAUAUCUCUUCCUUUCAUCUUUCCUCUCACCCCUAUUUUGAUGUAUUAAGUCCAUCCUAAUGCAUGCACAAAAGCGGUAAGUGUUUUAGAAUUCGUUGUCAAACAAUAAAUUACAUGUAUCUAGGGAUUGCAAUACCGGACCAGAAUUUCAAUACCGGUAUUCAGUAUUUUUUAUACUUUAAUACCGGGAUACCGGUUUUAAUACCGGUAUUAGAAAUUUUAGAAAAAGAAAGAAAACACAGGUGUUUCUUUGUUUUAUUUGUCAGUUUUUUUAGAGAGUGUAAAUAUUACAAAAAAUAAUUUCUAAUUUAUAAAUUAUAACAGUAUAUAAUCACAAAAAAGUAAAGGAACGUCUUAUUUAUUUAAAUCGCAAAAAAAGUGUAAAUAUCACUAUUCAGUCUGUGGUAUUAUUACAAAUUUAGGAAAUAUGAUCUUAAAAAACAUAAUGCGUCAAUUGUACUGUUAUGAAUUCUGAAGAGUAAUUUCGUGUAAAAAUUACCAGCUAUUGAAAACGCUGUUUCGGCAUCUACGCUAGCUGGUGGUACUGUUAGCAAUGUGUGAUAUACUAUUUCCAAGUAUUUACCUGUAAAUCCCUCGUCUUCAAAUAAAUCGAUUUCUCGUCGGAUGGUUUUGGAUAUAGCUGAUUUCUGUAUUGUAUUUUGAUUCGUUGAAUUUUUUUUAUUUAUCGCUAAUUCUAAUUUUUGUUCAAGAGACAAUUCCUUUUUACUAUCGACAUUAGUGUCAUCAUAAUCUUCGAUAACUGAACCGAAUUCUUUUGAAUGUGGAUAGGUUUGCAGGUAUAAAAAUUUUAAGAAAAUUUACUCUAAACUUAAUCAGAUUUGAAUUGGUUAUUUUCUUUUCUUCUUUUUCAUUUUAAUUUUUAAAGUCAUUAUUAUUAUGUAAAUACCGUAAGACAUUUUCUAUUUUGGUAUGCCUUUCUUCUGUGCGAUUUUUGAAUGUAAUAUAUAAUUCUUCAUAUAGUGAUGUGUGCUGUUCUUUCAGUGCUGCAACAUGAAAUUUAUUGUUGCAUUAGCUGUUAAUAAAUAAGAAUAUCUCCGACAUAAGCCUCAAUAGUCAGUUUUAUUGGAAGUAGAACUGAUAUAGUUCUGGAUAUUAAGUCGAAUUCACUAUUUGAAAAGUUAAUUUACAGGUUUAAGUUGAUUAUUGCUUUUUGGAUUGGAUUUAUCAGUUUCAAAAAUCGUUCCAUCAUUAGGAGUAAACUGUUCCAACGUGUUUUAGAAUCUAAUUUUAACAUAUAUUCUGUUUUAUUUUCAGUUAGUAUAUAUUUUAGUAAUAAAUCCUUUUUUAUAGGGGCACGUUAAAAUAUUUUAACAAUUUUUCGAACUUUAUAAAUUAUAGGAAGCAAUUCUUGAUAGGUUAAUAUUUCAUCCUCAUGAGCAAUAUCUUCUUCAACAAUUACAUUGUUCAUUAUCUUCAUUGUCAAUAUCACUCUCACUCUUACUCUCUUCAAAGUUGGAACUCCGAAGUUUCUAUAUCCACAGUAUUUGGAUUCUUCUGUUUUUAAUUUUUUGGUAUAAUACAUCUAUUACUCCUAAUUGAUUUCCAUAUGCAUAACAAAACUGCUGAUUUGCACCAAUCAACUUUACAACUUUUUUCAUAACUAUUGAUCCAUCAGUCGUUAUGGAUGCAAUAUUUUCUUUCAGGGAUAAUCCAUGUUUCGCUAAUUUAGAUUUAAGCAAUUAAUUAAGCCAUUAAUUAGCUAAUUAAUUUCGCCCGUUAAGGAGACAUAAAAACAAAAUGUAUACUAUUUUGCUUUGUACGCGAUCCCUGGAUAUAUAAUGAAGACAAUUUUAAAAAUUUCUAGUAAAUACCGAAAAACCGAUAUUUCAACUUGUGAAUACCGGUAUUACAAAAUUGUACAAAUGGCUCAAAAUACCGGUAUUCGGUAUCCCGGCAUACCGGUAUUGCAAUCCCUACAUGUAUCAUUAUUGAAUCGUGCACAAACAUAGUGUAGAAUAUCAGAUGUGUAGAUUAGUGGAUCAGAACUUGUGUGUGUAGUUAUGUUGAUGUUAUAUAUAUAUAUAUAUAUAUAUAUAUAUAUAUA